AUGGCAACUUGGAUAGGAAAAGUGGAAAAUCAAGUUAAACUUGAACAAUUUGAUAAUAUUGUACUUACACAUGACUUACAGCUCGAGGACUGUCUUGCUGAAAGUUUAGAUUUUAAAUUCAAUAAUGUCUACUCAGAUUCAGAUAUUUCUGAUGUGCACACAGACAAGGAAAAUGAUAACCACGAAAAUGGUUUAGUCACAACAUACAGUGUCCUUGGACGGAGAACAGUAUGCAGAACAAACCGGCUCUUCCAACCAAAAUGCGCCGAACGAGCCCUCGCUGCCACCGUGACAAAUCACUCGACCAAUCCGGAGACCAAGGAGACGACGAUCAAUAGGUUUCACUGCGAGUUACAGAUGGCAAGUGAGGGACCUAUAGUCUAGUCGGCAACUUAAGACCGCAACUGGAAAACACACAAAAGGCGAAUAUAGAUUCAAGUGCACGGAACCGAGCUGCGGAAAGGCCUUCCUCACCUCGUACAGUUUAAAAAUUCACAUCAGGGUCCACACGAAAGUGAAACCGUUCGAAUGCGCUGAAACCGGAUGCGACAAAGCCUUCAAUACCAGAUAUAGAUUGAGGGCCCACGAACGCUUACACAAUGGUAAAACAUUCAAUUGUGAGUCAGAUGGAUGUAAUAAAUUUUUUACUACUCUCAGUGACCUUAAAAAACAUAUUAGAACCCAUACAAGAGAAAAACCUUAUAAGUGCAAUGCCGCUGGUUGCGGUAAAGCCUUCACUGCCAGUCAUCACCUAAAAACCCACAUGCGGAUACACACCGGAGAAAAGCCGUACGCUUGCAAAGAGAACACUGAUUGCAACAGGGCUUUCUCCACUCAGCACAGUCUUAAGAGCCACAUCAAGACCCAUCAGAGGCACGAGAAGUACGUGGGCUCGGAUUCCGUUCUCAAUGAUGAUGGCAACAGGAGUAAUACGGAGAUUCAGAUCAAUAUGGCUGUGGAAGAUAUGGACAAUAAUCCGAAUUAUUAUUCUGGACUGGAACAAGACAAUUUAGCACCUACCACGGUACAAACUACCCUCAUAGGAAAUCCAGACGAUCCGAACAUGCAAUUCGAAAAUGUUUAUUACGACAUGACUAAUGUUACGCCACAGAAUUUACUUAAUAAUAACUACGUCUUCAGUGAAGUGAUUCCUGAGAAACACGCCGCUGUUAUAGAAGAAGAGUUCGAAAUGGCCAACCGACUUAAGGAUUAUGCCACAGUCACCACCGAAAAUAUACCUCUGCAACUACUGUACAAUAUCGGCACUGAAAAUGUAGAAAAUGGCAAAAAUGAAACGUUGAUUAAUACGAGAGACGAACUAGAAGGAAACUCUAUAAUAUCGGAGUUCCAAAACACCGGAGUGACUAAUUUAGAGAUUAAGUCACCAGAUUUACCUUCGUUUGAUCCUAAAGGGGACCCAAAAAUUCAAGUCAUAUCCCACAAAAGAAUAUUGCCAUUGGAGAACGCAGAUAGUAGUAUAGCUAACGCAGAAGACUUACUUAAUCAGCUCAAUACGUCCCAGAUAUUACCGACCAACACUGACAGCCAGUCAGACUGGUUGACUCUAGUGAACAGCCCUACUCCGAUAGACAUCGAAAAACAAAAUGAAGCAGUAAACGACUUGGCGUCAUUUUUUGCUCUGGGAUUAAGUCAAGAUAUCAACUUAUCUUCCAAUACUCAAGAAGGAGUUCAAAAAGAUACUUCCCUUCAUGGCAACAAUACCACUCCCAUCUCAUUACCAAGUUGGAACAAUAAUGUGCCAACCACCACAACUUCGAGCUGCUGCAAUAACAAAUCAGCGUGUAAUCAAAGUACACCUAACCUCACAGUCGCCACCCCAACUCCCUCAUUACAAUUAAAUAACUUGUUGAACAUGACUCAGAACCAACUGGCGACUUGUAAGGAAAAACCGAACGCGAAUCAUAGCUGUGCCGAGAAGGGAGAGAAUUGCUGUGUCGUGGUGUGUUUAAAAACAAUAGAUCAGCUAAAGCAAAUGCUGACGUUUGCGUCUAACUGCGGCAACUUUCAAACGCUUACCUUAGGCUGUAUCAAGAGCAACAAUUGCGGUGUGUAA